AUGACCAGCGCUUUUCAAUUCCGUUUACUUAUGCUGGCCUCUUUUUGCUGGCUUGGAAUUCAAGCUGGCGUCAUAACAGUCAACUCAGACAUUCCAAACAAUCUUGAGCAACAAGAAGGACGCAUUGUGGGUGGCCAACAAACGGAUAUAGCCAACCAUCCUUACCAAGUAUCCAUCGGGCUUGAUUCCGCUGUGCUUAUACAUAUCUGUGGCGGUUCGAUUUAUGCGCCGCGUGUUGUUAUUACUGCCGCACAUUGCCUGAAAGGACGUUACGCUUACACGCUACGCGUUGUUACCGGUUUAACCACGCUCGCCGACUCAGCUGAACAGGGUGUAGCGGUGCAGAAGCUAAUCUAUCACAGUGGUUAUGUGAAGAAAACGCAUGCGAAUGAUGUUGGUUUGGUAAUUCUGAAGGAAGCUUUGACAUAUUCAGCCAACGUGCAGCCUAUCGUGCUGGCACGCACGGCGACCGUUGUAGGUGCACACGCUGUCGCCACAGGUUGGGGCAAAAGCGAUGAAAAUGCGCAGAAAAUGUCUGAAGUGCUGCAGGCAGUAGAACUGCAAAUUGUAGAUAGCUUGGAAUGUUGUGUGCAGUAUGCGACGAAGCAAUAUGUUAUCACAGAGGAGAUGUUAUGCGCAGCCGCUGAGGAGGGUGGCAAGGAUACUUGUCAGGGUGAUUCUGGUGGUCCGCUGGUUGUUGAUGGCACGCUGGUGGGCAUCGUUUCAUGGGGCAUUGGCUGUGCUCAACAUUAUCCUGGCGUAUACGCAAGCGUGCCAUAUCAUUUUGAGUGGAUUGAGCAGCAAGCAGCGGUAUACAUGUGA